AUGCUCCAGUCCUCACUUCUCUCCGUCGUGGCCGGAGUUCUCGCUGCUACGUCCACCGUCUACGCUCUCCCACAAUCAAAUUCAGGGUCAGGGUCAGGGUCAAGCUCUUCAACGGCAUGCAACAACUCUCCGGACCUCUGCAGCCGCAGUUAUAACAACAUCACACACAUGGGGGCUCACGGAAGCUCUUUUCUACGCGAUGGCAACAACGGACUCGCCGCCGCAGGUAACCAGAACUUCAACGCCACGGAUGCUCUCGAUGCUGGUCUUCGUCUGCUUCAGGCCCAGGUACACAAGGAAAACAACACCCUCCGCCUUUGUCACACUUCCUGUGGCAUUCUCGACGCUGGCCCACUGGAGGACUGGUUGACCAAAAUCAACGUGUGGAUGAAGGCGAACAAGAAUGAGGUUGUCACUCUCUUGCUUGUCAACUCCGACGAUGCCAAACCUGAUGAGUUUGGCCAGGCCAUUAACGGUUCCGGCAUUGCUGAGCUGGCUUACACACCCGCUAUCCAGGAACCGACCAGCGAGUGGCCUACUCUCAAGUCCAUGAUCGAUAACAGCACACGCCUCGUAACUUUCGUCACCAACAUUGAUGCUUCGACCCAGUAUCCCUACCUGAUGCCAGAGUUCGACUAUGUCUUUGAGACAGCGUUUGAGGUUCCCUCUCUCACCGGCUUUAACUGCACUGUCGACCGCCCCUCUAAGAUUAAGGAUGGUGCUACAGCCAUGGCUAGUAACUACAUGGGUCUCGUCAAUCACUUCAAGUAUCAGAGUCUUUCAGACAACAGUGACUUUUUUCUCCCUGACACUGAGAACAUCGAUACUGUCAACAGUGAUGGUACCAGCGAGGACGGCCAAUUGGGCAAGCAUCUUCGGGAAUGCCGACAGGAGUGGGGUGCUGUGCCCAACUUUGUGCUGGUAGACUUCUUCGAGAAGGGUCAGGUUCUCGCAGCGACAGACACUAUGAACGGUAUCUCUAACGCCACUGGGCGUGAGGAGGUCUCGGAUGAGUCGAUCGGCAGCACCACUGACAGACAAGUCGGGAUGGUAGCCCUGACUGCCUUCGUCGCUGCCGCAGUGCUGUUGGUAUAA